AUGUCAAAAAAAGAGGAAGAGUCAAAAAGAAUGAGAUAUCUUAUUAUCGGUAUUGCCACAGUAACCAUAUGGGCAACCUGCUACUCUUUAUACAAGCCACUUCCCGAUGGAUUCACUGUCAGUGCAUGGGAUCGGGCAGUAAUGCAUAUUGUGGAGCCAGCUUUACGAGUUGCCUACUAUUAUCCGAGUCACAUGUUCUCGAAAGCCAGCAGUAUGGUUCAAUGGACUCGCGGAGCUCUCAACUUCUUAUCGAAAUCUCUUGGACUUCUUGUCAACACACACGGAGAAAUAGAAAUCAAGUGGCAAAAGUGGAAUGGGACACCUGUGAAAGUCUACCGACCAAUCAACAACCAAACUUCUACUGAUGGAGCUGUUUUAUUCAUUCAUGGUGGUGGUUUUGCUCUUGGAAACGUGGAGAUGUAUGAUUCAUUGGUUAGAAGAAUGGCUUAUGAGACAAGGACCCUUUUCAUUUCUAUCGAGUACCGACUCUCGCCUGAAACCGUUUUUCCUGGAGGGAUUAUGGAUUGUGAAGCUGCAAUUGAACACUUUGUGGAAUUUGGACCUGCUCAAUUUGGAAUUGACACUUCAAAAAUGGUAAUUAUGGGAGACUCAGCUGGAGCAAACUUGGCUACAGUCAUUGCACAACGUAGAGCUGCUCGUAAUGCAUCUCCAAAGUUGGCUGGACAAGUUUUGAUCUACCCACUUCUUCAAAUGGCAGACUUGCAAACAGUCUCAUACCGAUAUUUCCAUUCCCGUCUCGAUGGUUAUGCCUUGGUAGAUCCCGAGUCAGUCGCCUACUACUACAUGUUCUACGCAGGAAUUAAUAUGGACGAAAAGGCGUAUUUGGUGCCAAGUGUAAUGUCGAAUGGACAUGUUGCUGAUCAUCUCAAGCAGAAAAUUGAUGAGAUUAUGGUGUUUGAAAAAACGAUUGAGCUCACACGGCGUUACAAAAACAGCAGUAUCCCACAACGUUGGGCAGUGCGAAAGAACCUGGAAGCUCAACAGCUAAUGGAACCAUUCCUCACCAACCCAGAUUUCUCUCCACUAAUGAGAAAAGACCUGUCUAACUUACCACAAACAAUGGUUGUUACUUGUGAAUUCGAUGUGCUUCGGGAUGAAGGACUCAUUUAUGCGCAUCGACUUGAGACUGCUGGAGUGCCAACUACGACGAUCAACUAUGAAAAUGGAUUCCAUGCAAUGCUGAACUUUCACAGUGAGCUUCAUGAAGCAUCAAAAGCGGUCUAUGACAUUGAACGAUGGACUCUAAACGCAAUCAACAUUGUUAGCUAA